UAUUCACUGAAUCACUGGAUAAAAGUAUUUAUUGUGGAGAAAUGUGAAUCAAAUGAGCUAAAUGUGCAAAAAAAAAACAAAAACAAACAUUUGACGGGACAAAAUCGCCUACACGAACAAUAAAUAAUCAUCUUGUAAGUAAACGCAUACAUAUGUACAUAGGUGCAUACGGAUGUAUGCAUGUUGGUGGAAGUUUCUACAUACAUACAUAUGUAUAUGAUAAAGUCCUUUGCUUGGCUAUUGUAAAAAAAAAAAAAAAACUAUUAGCCUUAGGCUAGGCGCCUGUGAUGACAAUUACAACGAUUAAGGGCGAAAGGCAUAACCUCAAGGAAACGCGAAAGCACCAAGAACGUUUCAGAGCUGUCGUUUAUUUGUUAGAUUAUUCAGAUAUAGAGAAGAGGUAAUUUCAAACAUGCACUUAAUAAAGAUGCUGCAACAAAGUACUUGAAUUCAAAAAUGACAGAUGAGCGUGGUAACUCCAACAAUAAAAUUUGCUUUAGUAGUCACAGUGAAGAAACCGCUCUGAAUGAAAAUAAUAAUCUCAGAAACAACAUACGAAAUCAUCAACAAAUUCAAUUUGAUCCAAUAAAUAAUGAGCACAUCAUUGAAGAAGCUGCCAAAAUAUGCAAAAAUAGCGUGAACGGUAAUAAUGCAAAAGCGAGGGCGCCAAAAAAUUCACCAACAACGACGCUCCCACCUGCAGCUCAUACGAGCUUAUAUACAUUAGAUCAGAAGGAAGCUAUUGAAGAUUUAGUGGCGGCGUCGCCGACAAAUAGGUGUACUGCGAGAAAUGGUGCUGUUAGUAACACAACAGCGACAAACCUUAAAGAACUCCCGCAGACAGAACCUCAGAUUGUUUUUACCCCAUCGCCAAAUGCUCCACCGCUGGCAUUCGUUUCAACAUCGGCAAUAUCUUCAAACAAAUCUGCAUUGCAACAAGAUACCGAUAAAGAAAUGGCCGCUACUGCUGCUUUGAGUUCUGGCUGCGCAACUCCCUUAUCGUCUCACUUAGUGAGCGGUAUUGUUGAUAGUGAUAUUAAAGUCACUGAAAGUGGCGUCAUCGAUUAUACAAUGAAUGCAACGUCUUCAGUGGAGUUGAUUGACAGAAAUGACGCGCAUAACGAAGACUGCAAAACUGAAAAGGUUUGUGGUAAGAUCAAUGGCAGCAAUAGCAGCAAUGAAAAGGAACGGAAUCAUUCCUCUUUGAGCGGUGGAAAUAUUGGUGGCUGUAUUGGUGGUCGUUUGCAGUUUUUCAAAAAUGGAAAAGUAAUAUUGGAGUUGGCGCGUUCAAAGGAAGGUGAAAAAAGUCGUUGGAUUUCGGUUCCACGCAAGUUGUUUCGGGCACCAUCAGCAAGUUCAUCGACAGUAACACCCACAUUGGCAAGCUCAAUAGCAUACUCUAAGAAUGAAAGCUCAACUUCGUUAAGCUUUUCUGAUGACAAUAGUUCAAUUCAGUCAUCACCAUGGCAACGAGAUCAUUGUUGGAAGCAAUUAUCUCCUCGAAAUGGCAUAUCAAAAGCCAUGUCUCUGUACUAUUUUCGGCCUAAGUAUGCUGUUUUAAGCAGACAAGCGCUAACUAUCGCCCGGAGAAAAUGUCGACGGCCAUACGACACGAUUUUCUGCGCUGGUGAUUUCUUUCUCGUAAAAAGCCAGAAAAAAUCAAACAACCAGCCAUGCUGUACAGACGAUGAAACUUCACAAACUUUACAAUCGAGCAGCCAGUGUACUACAGAAACAACAAAUAUGGAAGUCAAAACAGAAAUUGUUUGUGAAAGUAAAACAGGGAAUGGCGAAACCGAAACUGGAUUAAUAAAUGAUGAAGAUGGCUGCUCAACUUCAUCUACAGCGACAUUAACAGGGGAUGAUUGUACCGAAUGCCAGAUGGAGGCUAAGACCCCUACGCCUUCAUCAACCUCAAAACCGCAACUCUCAUCUGAGGACGAACAAUCAUUGGUAAAAGACGAAUCAACAGACACCAAAACUAGUUGCUCAAAAGAAGAUGCUAAGUUAGACAAUUCAGAAAAAAUGAAUACUAGUGAAGAUGAGGACUCGAUAUCUAUGAUAAUUAAACGAGAGGACUUAGAGUCAGAAGUGACCCAUAAUGGUAGCGACGUGACGGACCUGUCCCAAACAGUUGAAGUAGAUGAUGUUGAUAAAAAUAUUUACACAAACUGUCGUCGUUCAGAUGAGAAAAAGCCUAAGAUUCCUAAAUUUCGUCUAAAGUUGAAUGCAAUUGUACAAAAAUUGAUCGACAGGGUGCCCGAACGUCUAGCUCAACUGUCUAAGACCCCACAAUCGAUUGCAGGUGCAAGCAGUUUUGGCGGUGCCAAAAAUUCAGUUUCCCAUAAGGCCUCACCACCUAACACAUCAGCAGCAACACGACUAGUAGAGUACCCACAUCAGCACGUAUCACCGCGGAAGCGAAUCCUGCGCGAAUUUGAAAAAGUCUCCUUAGAAGACAAUGCUAAUGUGGCAGGAGGGAAGCGAAGUCGGGCGAAAAGUAGUGUGUCUUCUUCAUUAGUGUCUUCGUACCGUACUAUAAAAUCGCCCUGUAAUCGCAAUAAUUGCAACACUAGCUGCUCAUCCGUUAUAAAUACACGCAGUUCCAAUGAUAAUGGUGGUAUUCGCCCCUCAGCUACUGUAUAUUCCAAAUCUGAAACAACUCAGACAAUAACGAGAGCCGCGCCUACCAGAUUGUAUAGCUCAUAUAGCAUACAUUCCUUAUUGGGAGGCAGUGGUGGUAGUAGUUCAUCAGUAUCAGCUAAAGGGACGUCAACCACGAAUAGCAACAAAAGAAUGAACGACUCAGCUAUCAUUAGCAGCAUAGGUUAUCAUCCACAGCAUAAACAUCUUUCACCGCAACAGCAGUAUGGCGAUCCAUCAUAUUUGCGUUCAAUGCUCGCCUCACCGCAGUCGCCAGAACAAUGCAAUCUCAGUGGGGGCGGGAAAUCUCCCUCCACUUCGGGUACAAAACAACGUUCACCGCCGUAUACCUCACCUCUACGUGAUGCGUAUGGCGCUAGCGAUAUUGGAGCAUUGGUUAAUAAAUCUCGCCAGGCCUCUGAACAUGAUGGUGCCCUGGAUUAUGCAUCUACCGCACAUUCAGUCGGUCACUCAAAUCUACAUUCACAAAAUCAGGGCUUCUACAUGCCGUACAUGUCAUUAGCAAAAUAUGUACCUUCGGCGAGCUGUUCCGCCAACACAAAAAAUGCAUCCAUAUCGACAGCCAGCAGUCCUGGCAAUCCACGUUCACCGCGUCACUCAUCAGCUUUCAGUAGAGCAUCUUCGCCAGCAUUAAAUUCUACGAACAUUCCAAUUAACCAUCAUUCAACAUCAAGUUCAAUUGGCAACAGUCGAGAAAACUCACCGACACCAUCGCGGAUAGGGGCUGAAUUAUCACGCGAUGCUACGCCAAGAACUGUACCAAAAAAGACUGUAUCUAUACGUAGGCAAUUUGCUUCACCCACAACCGCUGCGGCAAGUAGUGGCAGUCCUUCGCCAGGGGAGCGUCAUUCUGAUGAUGUAUAUUCAACACAGGACCGAAGAACUCCUGUCUCGGGUGGGAGUGCUUGCGGCGGCGGAUCCCAUCAAUUACAACGUGGAUCGCCAAGUGGCAAUAUAGUUCCUUCAGCACUUCAUCACUACUACAUGUAUCCACCGGCGGCCCCGAAUGGCACGUCUACUCCAUCUCCUCAUAGUUCUGCUGUUUCACCGAACACAGUCAUACCAGUUGGUCAUGGCGGAACAACUAAUGCUGCUGCUGCUGCUGCAGCAGCGGCGGCAGCCGCAGCCGCGUCGUACAUUCCAUCAGUAAUGUCCCCCGCCUAUAUGAAUCCAUAUUUCGCGUUGGCUGCACUGCGGCAUUCUCCGCAAAUGUGGUCAAAUUACAGUAGCGCGUCGCUGCCUUUGCAUCUCUCUUCAGCUGGGACAUCACCCUCUGCUCGACUCUCACCACCAGUGUUUCCAACUUUUGCGUACAAUGGUGUCAAUGCGGCCAUGGUGGCAGUAAUGCAGCAGCAACAUCAGCAACAACAAAUAUUGGCUACUUCAGCGCUUUUGCAAGGACAUAGUCUGAGCUGUGCAUCAUCCCUCCCCAACCAUCAUCACACAAUAAACGCAUGUAGUGAAGAACAGCAAUCACCGGCAAUAAUGACUGAGCGAGCGACUGACUUAACUGCAAGUAACGCAAGAAGUCUAGAUUUGGGUCCAGAAGAAGGACCAGUAGCUGUAGUAUCCUCUAACUAUCGCAAUAGCAGCAAGGAAGAACAUAGUUCAGAUGUGCCGCUGAACCUGUCCAAGCAUUGAGUGCUUCAUUUGAUAGUUGCGUAAGGUUUAUGCAUUUUAGGUUUUUCACAAGGCCGCGUAAAGUAUUGUAUACGAGAGAGGUGCUGAUGAAUAACUGAUGUUGUCCAAAAGAGUGCUGUAUUAUUGAAAUCAGUUACGAAUUAAACCUCUUGUCCUAUGGGAAUACUUUGUGAAUUACCUUGCAGAUUAGACAGACGGCAGUGUUAGUGUGCCUUUAUUUGUUCACAAAACUGAUCUUUGACAGACAGUGAUUCAUUAAAUACGGCGAUUCGUUUGCGAUAAAUAUAUUUUUAUGAAGAAAGAAGGUAAAUAAUAGAAUUAGCAGCUAUGCUCUUAAAUUAACUUUUUGCUACCAAUGAUAACCGAUAUACCUAUAUAUGUAGGUUGAGGUGAGUUUUGAAUCGCUAGGCAGCUAAAAAUUAAAAAAAUGCAUUUAGGUACAUACAUACAUAUUUGCACAAAGUUCUAUGUGUCAUUAGGCAUCUUUGCCUACAUGAAAUCGGAUGUCGUAAAAUUUCGUGCCUAUGAGUUAGAUAUGAUAAAAGCAUGUUAGCGCUGCCGCUGGUCUAAGCUAGCAUUGGACAUUUUAAGAACGAUAGCAAACAAAUUUAUAGGCUUUUUAUAGGUUUAGAGUUAGAACACAUCAAGCGAAUUCAAAUAUAUGUAUCUGUGGUCAAAAUUAAGAGUCGCAUAAGCCGAUUUAAGACAGAAUUGAGCCUUUUUACCCGUUAUUCUCCUAGUAAGACUGCAUAUUUCCAACGUACUUUUACAAAAAGUGAUUAUUA